UCGCAAAUAAAAUUGUCCGUCAUCUUUUGAAUACAUGCCAAACGCGCCAUGAAACAAGCUUGCUUAUUCCGGAGAGUACAACCGAUUCUAACAACGAUGGACUACAAGGCAUUCUACAAAUCGCUGUGGGAUCGAAUGUCACAGACAAAAUCUGGCGAGUCUGAGGACUAUGAGCAUAUAUCGGGUAUGCUCUCCGGGUUUGAAGCAGCCAUCAACCGGAGCACCGCCGCCGGCGCACUUAUUCCCCGAGACCAGUGGCUAACCUCUUUAUCCGUGGCGGCCAGCUUUGCCGCCACUGGCUUUGCAUGGUCCGCGCCAUCAGUCGCUCGGCAGGCCAAUGCGUGGAUAGCAGCAAUAGCAGCGCAGCUCAGAAUUACUGAUUCGACCGGAUCCGUGAAAGUCUCUGCGGAAUUAUUCCGCAGUAUUUGCACAAUCAGCGUGCUUCCAUAUUUCAGCGCGAAGGCAGAGAGUGCCCAGGACACAUAUGUGCUAAUGGGCGACGACAACCGGAAGGAUGUCGGUCGGGGGUCGGAUGACCACAAGUGGAGGGACCACCCUCAAUGUAUAGCGACGUUCCAGUGGGCCCUCGAGCACUUGGUUGAUUCAGACGUUACCACCGUCAUAUCGAUUAUUCUGCCGGUGAUAUUGGCGCUUGUGGACGACUACAGCAUCAUGGCCAAAAUCCGCGGCCUCCGCUUGGCCAUCCUGCUGAUGGAAAAAGUCGGUGCCGAGUUUUUGCGCAAAACCGGGAUAGCUGGUAUUUUGGAGAAAAGCAUCGACGGAUGCCUGGUUUUCCGAUCCGACGAGGGCCAAUUAGGCAUCGACCUGCUUUCUGCCGGAUUCAAGGCAGCGAUACAGGUUGGCCGCAUACAGUAUGCUCGCUCGGACGAUAUGCGAUACACAGCGCGGUGGUGGGCGCUGACAGAGAAGGUCAUCUCCAAUGAUCUGUAUGUGUCGGAUAAUGUGGCUGCUAUUGAGGUGCUUUGUCGACAGAUUGCGCCCUUGUGCAAGGCGCUGGGCCCCGCGAUCGCUCGGUAUUUGCGCCCACUGGUGGGUGUUCUCACAAAGGGACUGCAUUCGCCGGUUUAUUUGAGCAGCAAUCUGUGUCGGCUGCAUGUGGUCGUGUUGGAGCAGCUACAAGCGUUGAUCGAGGUGUGUCCGCAGAGAAUACACGCGUAUUGUAAAGAUGUAGUGGCCGCAAUGGCGUACUCGUGGGUUGGAAUGCAGAAGGGGAGUGGCGCUGGUGUUGGCGGCGGAGGUUUUGAAGAAUUGCGGGGGAAAAUCAUUGCUGUUUUGAACAGUCUGCGUAGUGCGUGCCCUGAGGAAACGAGGCAAGCAACUAUGCAGCUUGCAAAAUCGCGGCCGGCGGCGUUUGCUGACUGGGAAAAGUACUUUCAUUGAUGAGUUUGCUGAAUAUAAACAUUCAUAUAUACUUUUUUUUAUUUUUUUAUUUUUU